GGUUGUUGAGGCGCUAUGACAACGGGAGCCAAAAUGGCGUCGGGCAGAGGAGGAUAGCGGGAUGGUGUCGGCUUUUAUUGACUUAACCCAGUACUAGCAGCUACCUGAGUCCUUGCACUCAGUUUUUCUCCCCCUUCUAGGAAUCUCUUUUGGAGAAGUCGUUUUAUAUUUUCUUCCAGCCUCUGCCUGUUGUGUUUUCCCUUAUGGUCGCCCUGAGUAGACUCCCGUUUCACAAGCAGCGCUUGUGACAAGGACGGAGUCGUCCUCUCUUGGCCCUUGACACACACCGACAACUCUCGCAGCCUGUCGGGGUAGACAGAGCCUCGGGGACGAGCAUUUCCAUGCACUCUUCACACACACAGAAUCGAGCCUCCCUGCACGGGCUGGUGCCAUUGCUCCUUCUGUAUAAUUGAAAGUUGGGGGGGGGGGUGGGGCAGGGGAGAAGAGAGUCCCCUUCCCCAGGAUUCCUGGACAAGUCGGGGCUGAAGGAGAAUGUCUUUAUUUAAAGCCCGUGACUGGUGGUCUACAGUAGUUGGCAAUAAAGAAGAAUUUGAUCAAGGAUGCUUAUGUGUUGCAAAUGUUGACAACAGCUGCAGUGGACAAGAUAAAAUAAUUGUGGGCAGUUACAUGGGAUUUCUUAGAAUCUAUAAUCCCCAUCCUGCAAAACCUGGAGACCCUGUGCAAGCUGAAGAGUUACUCUUAGAAACGCAGUUACGUGAACCGAUACUGCAGGUGGAAGUAGGAAAAUUUGUUUCCGGUACAGAACUGCUUCAUCUGGCUGUAUUGCACUGCAAAAAACUGUGUGUGUAUGCUGUAUCAGGAACUUUGGGAAACACGGAACAUGGAAACCAAUAUCAGCUCAAACUUAUGUAUGAACACAAUUUGCAGAGAACAGCGUGCAACAUGACUUAUGGGCCAUUUGGAGGUAUAAAAGGUCGGGAUUUGAUUUGCAUACAAUCUGUGGAUGGAAUGCUCAUGUUAUUUGAACAAGAAAGCUAUUCUUUUGGCCGUUUUCUGCCAGGCUUCCUUCUGCCUGGUCCAUUAACCUAUAGCUCUCGGACAGAUUCCUUCAUUACCGUCUCUUCUUGUCGGCAAGUUGAGAGCUACAAGUACCAAGUGCUUGCAUUUGCAACAGAUGCUUCCAGACAAGAAGUCGAACAACAAAAACUAGGAUCUGGGAAAAGGCUUGUGGUGGACUGGGUUUUAAACAUUGGAGAACAAGCUCUGGAUAUAUGUGUUGUCUCUUUCAAUCAGACUGUUUCCUCUGUAUUUGUACUGGGGGAAAGAAACUUCUUUUGCCUUAAGGAUAAUGGACAAAUUCGGUUCAUGAAAAAGCUUGAUUCCAGUCCAAGUUGCUUUCUACCCUAUUGUUCAGUGUCUGAAGGAACAAUAAACACUCUGAUUGGAAACCACAGCAGCAUGUUACAUGUUUAUCAAGAUGUGACUCUAAAGUGGGCAACUCAGCUCUCCCACAUUCCUAUAGCAGUAAGAGUGGGGAAUUUCCAAGAUUUGAAAGGUGUAAUAGUUGCAUUGAGUGAUAGCGGCUGCCUACAAUGCUCCUAUCUUGGUACAGAUCCUUCUUUAUUUCAAGCUCCUAAAGUUGAAGCUCGGGUUAUAAAUUAUGAAGAAUAUGAUGCAGAAAUGAAUAAACUUCAGAAAAUUAUAAAAGAAGCUACAAAAAACAAAGAUGUUCUGCUCAGAUCGGAAAAAAAGGUAGAACUGGCACUUUCUGCAGUGGUCCUGUCUUCUCUCGAUAAAGUAUCUCAAGCCAUUGAUAGUGAAGUAAGAGCAGAGGUGGUUCCUUCAGUGACAGUAAAGAUCACACUCGAGAGCAGACUGAGACCAUUAAAAAUAAAAUUAUCAGUAUGCGUACAGCCACCUUUAGCAUUGACCCAUGACAGGUUCACCUUGGAAUUAGGAACAGGUAAAUCUAAAACAGUUGUACUUGCUGCAUUUUUAAAGGGGAACUGCCCACCAGCAGAUCUGGAAGGUAGUGCUUUAGCUUCAUAUAACAUACCAACAGGUAUACCAAGAGUUGCCCAGUGCAAAUUUCGAUUCCCCUUGAAACUAGUUUGCAUUUCUGUUCUGCCUUCAAAAAUUGCAACCCACAAGUUAACCAUUGACACUAACAAACCUUCAGUUAACAUUGGUACUCUUUUCCCAGAGUUUGAUGAUCAGACUGAUGACGAUCAACCGAAUGCUUUAGGAUUUCAAUUACUUGCCGGCUCCAAAAUCACAUUGCUAGCUGCAAAAACAUCACAGCGUUACAGAAUUCAAAGUGAAAAAUUUGAAGACAUCUGGUUGAUUGCAAAGGAACUUGUUCUUCGUCUUGAGCAAUAUUUCAGGAAACGAAACCGCAAGGACUUUGCAUGUUCUUUUUCAGACCCAAUCCCUUUACAAGAAUAUUUUGCGAUAAUUGAUCAUCAUUUUGAGCUGCGCUUGAAUGCUGGAAAAUAUGAGCAACUAUUAUCUGAAAGAGCCAUACAGUUUCGAGCUAUUGAAAGACGUCUGCUUGCACGAUUUAAAGAUAAAACCCCAGCUCCUCUUCAACAUCUGGACACAUUGCUAGAGGGAACUUACAGACAGGUAAUAGCUCUAGCAGAUGCAGCUGAGGAAAACCAAGCCAAUAUGUUCCAGGCAUUCACAAAGCUAAAAAGUGCCACCCAGCUGGUAAUUCUGCUUAUUAGCCUGUGGCAGAAAUUGAGUGCUGACCAAGUUGCUAUUCUGGAAGCUACAUUUUUGCCAUUAACACAGGAUACUCAAGAACUGGGUUGGGAAGAAUGUGUGGAUGCUUCGGUCACUCACUUGCUGAAAACAUGUUUGUCCAAGAAUGCUAAGGAGCCUACUCUGACUCUUGCCCAUCAGUUGUGUAUCCCUAGGGAUACUAAUAGACUGAAGAAACACAUCACCAUGCUGUAUGAUAGACUGGCCAAAGGUGGUCAUAUGUCGCUGGAUACGGACAUGGACUCUCAGCAGCUUACAGUGUUGCCAGAUUUGCCACAGGAUGAAUUACAGGAAGCAGAAAAGCCAUGAAAAGCUCAAGAGAACCCUCAGGAGCAUUUUAAAAUCUGUGCAUUUACAAUCCAGCAGGACCAAUUUAUUUUCCGCUAUAGUGAACACAACCAACCUCAAGGAGAAAGUCCAAUAACAGUGCAAAAUACUUCCAGUUACAUCCACUCACCUGGCUCUCCUUUUACCAGCUACAAAUCUUUUGGCAUGCUUGUUCAUUACCAAGUUCUGGACCGCUUAAAUUAACUGGAAGAGUAAGCAGACUUUAAAAAUGCUGAUAAGUGAUCAAGCUUUUUAGAAAAUAAGAUGUCCAAUCUCUCACACACAAUAUUUUGCACAUCUCUUUUAAAAAAAUCUUUCAUGCUCCGUUUUUCUUGGAGGUUGUGAAGUCCCCUUCCCCUAACGUCACAACUGAUAAAUUGAUGUAUUUUCUUUUCCUUCAGCUGUUCAGCUGUGUGGUUGAAUUUAUCACUAAAAAUCACAAGUAAUCCAUCACAUUUCUCAUUCUAUUACAGACCUAGUCUUAAGCGUCAUUUUGCAGAUACUAUAUUUGCAGUAUAUUUUCAGCACCUCCUUUGUGUGUGAAAAAAGAUCUACAGACAGUGAAAUACGUCUCAUUUCCUGUAUUUUUGUGUGUGUUGUUGUUCUAUUCCAGGUGGCUUAAGGAAGGAUUAUAAACAGACUUCCAAAGGAUGAAAUUUCUGGAAGUUCUGGCAUCCUGCUGCUUAAAAACAGGGUUGAUAUUUUAGAUAAUGCCAAGUUGUCUUGAAUCAGAUAUAUGCAGAAAUCCAAAACUGGGUGAAUUUUGAGCAUCUUACAGAGUAGAUUCAGAGGACACAUUUGCUUUUAGCUGUAUACCUUGCCUGGAAGAAAAGAUGUAAUUAUAUACUUCUAGAAUCUGAAAAUUUCAGGGUCCUUCCUAAAAAGUUGGUUUUGUUCUGAAAGGCCGGUUUUGAUUUUGGGGAUUGGUUUUAUUGGAUAGGGUUUUUAUAUGCCAGUGGAAAGCAUGUAAAAGGACAAUUGAAGUCAAGACUAAUGAACAAAGUGUUAAUUCAGAGAGGUGUUCGAUUGUCUGAAAAGAACUCAGGUCUGGUUCCAACACUACAUGCGCCAAUCAAAGCAUAUGCUUCUUCUGGAGUUUUUUUAUCUAGCUGUUACACCACAUCAGAUUACAAAACUGCUGCUUAUUUGGCAGCACAUGCAGCAUGAAGUCUUCGAUGGGGACACAUAAUGCAAAAAUCUCCAAUCCUCUUAGCACCUUGAGUGGGCUAUUUUGGCAGAUUUUCCUGCAUUCCACAGUUAAUGAGCAGGGAAGUCCUAGCAAGUGUUUUCAGCUAGCAGGGUAGGGGCAUAACAUUAUUGCAAAUAGAUAAUGGCAUUUGAUUUGGCAUGCGACUUAUGUGUGCCCUGUCCCCCUUGGAGAUAGUGAUCUUUGAUCAAAACGAUAACUUAAGCUACAGUAAACCUUCAUCCUUCAUGGAGAAUACAUUCAGAGAAUCAUCUUGAAGGGUAAAGGCAGCAGAGGUUUGCUCCCUCUCCGUAGCAAAACAAACAAAUUUCCUGCAAAAUGUAACAACGUAAUAGUAUGGUGGGAGUAAAAAUAGGCUAGUGACUACCUCACAUGGUUGGACCGGGGAAUGCAAAUAAAUGAAAUUGCGAGUCUUGACUCCACAAAUGACAAGGGUGUCCUAUAUCACCUAUAGCUACUUGCUCGUGACUUCAUAAUUUAUUUUGUUUUGUGGACCAAAAUAAACCCUGCAGUCACAUAUCUUUAAAA